UCUGAAGAUGGCGCUGAUUUCUUAAUUUUUAUCCUAUUUCCAGUUUUCCCAUUAUUUGCUGUUCUUGUCUCUCUCAUGAAUUGUUUCUAUUUUGUAUUCUUUUUUUAUAAAAUUAAUCAGUGAAAUUUAAUAAAUUGAAUUCAUAUUAUUCUUAUCAUGGGAAAACGAAAAGCCAGUGAUAACGCAGGAAAUCCGAAUCAAGAUUUAUGUGAUUUUUUGAUAGAGCUAGCAAAUUAUGAACGAAAUGUUAGCAAAAAUAUUUAUAAAUAUAAUGCCUAUCGCAAAGCAGCUGGCACUUUAAGUGGAUUAACAGAAAGAAUAAAAAGUGGACAAGAGGCAAAAAAAUUACCAGGAAUAGGAGAAAAAAUUGCUAAGAAAAUUGAUGAGUUUCUCAGUACUGGAAAAUUACAAAAAUUAGAAGAUAUUAAUAAAGAUGAGAAUAAUAUUGCAAUAAAUUUAUUAACACGUGUAUCUGGUAUUGGACCUGCAAAAGCUAAAGAAUUAUUAGCUGCUGGUAUUAAAACUUUAGAUGAUUUAAAAAAACACGAGGAAAAGCUUAAUCAUCAUCAAAAAAUUGGACUGAAAUAUUUUGAAGAUUUUGAGAAAAGAAUUCCCAGAAAGGAAAUUGAGCAAAUUGAAAAAAUUAUGAAAGAUAUUAUUGCAGAGUUGAGUGAAAAAUAUAUUAUAAUCAUUUGUGGAAGUUAUAGACGUGAAAAAGAAGAUAGUGGAGAUAUUGAUGUUUUAUUAACAUAUCCUGCAUAUACAUCUAAAGAAAAAUUAAAGAAAGAAAACUCAGUCUUAAAAAAUGUUAUAAAAUCUCUUGAAAAAAAAAAGUUAAUUGUAGAUACAAUAUCUCUUGGACCAACAAAAUUUAUGGGUGUUUGUAAAGUACCCGGCAAAAAUAAAAAACCGUUUAGAAGACUUGAUAUUCGAUUUGUACCAUAUGAUCAAUAUUAUUGUGCUGUACUUUAUUUUACUGGAAGCGAUCUUUUUAAUAAGAGUAUGAGAGCACAUGCUUUGGAAAAAAAUUAUACUUUGAAUGAAUAUACAUUAAAACGACUUACAUCUGAAGGAACUCCAGGAGAGGCAGAAAAAAUUACAUGUGAAGAAGAUAUUUUUCGAAUUUUAGAAUUGCCAUAUAAGAAGCCAAAAGAUCGUAAUUCAUAACAAGCAAGGAUAUAUAUAUUUAUUACAUGUUAAGAAUUUCUUAUAUACUAUGUAUGAAAUGAAUUUUAUUUUUCCUUACUACUAAAAUAAUGAAAAAAAUAAAUAUUUAUUUAUUAUUUUUAUUUAUAAAAUUAAA